UCACAGGUAUCUUGUUCUGUGAAGUCCUCGACGCUGACUGAAUCAGAUGUAAAUCCAAAUCUAAAGCCACACGAGACGAGUGUUGCUUCUGUAAGAGUGCUAAAGAGACCUUCAUCCUGUGAUUGGUGUGAGUCUGCUGAAUCAUUCACGGGAAGUCCUAAGAAGAAGUUGCGAUCCUGUAGGAGUGGUAAAAUGCGUCUGCAAGCUUCUGUUAACAAUGGUUUCCGGCAAAUGGUCAGGGUAAGAUCAAAAAGGUCUAGUGAAUGUGUUGUUGUUGGUACAGGAAGCUCAGUCUGUAAUGGUUGUUGUGAUGAUACUGAUGCUAGUUGUAGCCCUGUUAGAUAUGAUGAGAGUGAUGAUACCUCAACUUCUUUUCUAGAUGGCUCUACUAGUCAAGAAGCCGACUCUUGCAGUAGCGAUGCAGAAUCUUCAAAAGGGAUUAGAGAAGAAGCUACCGGUGGAACAGUGAGGAGGUCAUGUAGGCCUGAACUAUACACAUACCGUAGUACGCUGGGGAAGUUAUUUGCUUCCGGGCCUUUGGAUUGGAAUCAGGAAGCAUCACUAACCGAUCUACGUCUUUCUCUGAAUAUAUCAACUGAUGAGCAUUUGAUGGAGAUAAGAAAUUUGAAGUCAACACAUAGUAAAUUUUGUUAGUAUCAAAUCAGGAUUCGUUCUUCUUUUUUCUUUUUUGAUCUUUAACAGUCUUAUCUUCAGGUGUUGGCAAUACUUUUCUGCAAUGUGUAAUCAAGUGUUACAUAUUGUUGUUUUUACAAGAGGGUUCUUAUAGUGAUUUGUAUACGGCAGCAGAAUGGAAGAAAGCAUGUAUGGAAACUCCAAUCCUUUCUUAUAGUUUACUUUUGUUGUACGUUCUAGAUAAUAAAGUUAUAAGAAAAGUUACUUCUUCGA